UCAAUCCAGUUCCCAAGAUGUUUACGAAGUCAUCCGCUAUAUGGCAGCACCGUCGCUAGACGAGAGGCGAGGGGACCAAACGACGAGAACGACGGUGGCGACCUCAUCAGACGCUCCUCGUCGGCGACAACGGCCGUUUCGCUAAAAGGUUGUAUGUUGUUUUGUGUUUUUAACAAGGAGAGAGAGAGAGAGAGAGAUCGACAGAGACAGAGAAAGAGAGAUAGAGAGACUCGAAAUUUCACGUAAGGCCGUGGAAUUCUUUCAUUUACAAAUCAAUCUACUAUAUAUUUAGAUCGUUAUUUGAAAAAAAAAGAGAUAGAGGGAGAGAGGCGAAAGAAAAGAAUAUAACGAAUAUACAUUCGUUCUAUGCUGUGUUUUUCUGUGCAUCUGUGCUAUAGCUCCGGUUGGAUAAAGGCAUGAUAAAGCUGACAAGGGUAUGCAUUACGAGGUGAAACAUUCUGAAAGUGGUGUUUGUGCCAUGAAAGAGAAAAGGAAGUAUUGGGGCGGGGGAUGCGCCAAACUCGUGUUGAUGCUUCUGUUUCAAUGUUCUACGGUGCUAGCCACCAAUAAUUACGUCACGUUCGAAGACCUGAAGUGCGAAAAGUUUAAUCACAUGACAAUCCACGACUACACGGAGCGAGUGUACGUCGGUGGAGUGAACAGGAUAUACCAACUGUCACGGGAUUUGAAACAGGAAGCCAUGGCUAUCAUGGGACAGAAGGACGACAGUCCCAAAUGUCCGGUAACGCGGAAUUGUCCGGACGAAAUCAAACAACCGACGGAUUAUUACAAUAAAGUCUUGGUCAUAGAUUAUCCCCAGAGUCGCUUGAUUGCUUGCGGAAGUUUAUUCCAAGGUAUCUGCACUGUACACAAAUUAAAUAACGUAUCCGAUUACGAAACUCCAGCAAACGAGUCCGUAGCUGCCAAUAAUGCCACCGCUUCAACGGUGGCAUUCAUAGCUCCAGGACCAAGAAAUCUUCCACGGACGCACGUUUUGUACGUGGGUGUAUCGUAUACGGGGAAUGGCCCUUAUAGGUCGGACGUCCCUGCCGUCAGCAGCAGAAGUUUAGAUCCCAGUAACAUGUUUGCUACGGCUCAUACCGGAGUCACCACCGGAACAAAAGUUACAGUUAAUAGCAUGUCCAGAGAGAUUUACCCAAUUACUUACAUAUACGGAUUUAGUUCCAAAGGAUUUUCGUACUUUGUUACGGUGCAGAAGAAGUAUACUACCCCACCUAAGCCUUUCAUCUCUAAGUUAGUUCGGAUAUGUCAGGAAGACGUACAUUAUUAUUCCUAUACCGAAGUACCGUUGGUGUGUAGGGCACCAGAUGAUACCGAUUACAAUUUGGCACAAGCCGCCUACGUAGGAAGACCCGGUUCCGAAUUAGCGGUGUCUUUAGGAAUAACAGCCCAAGAUGAUGUGUUGUUUGUUGUGUUUGCCAAGUCUAAAGACGAAGCCGAUGUCUAUAACAAACCUAGCUCCACUUCGGCCUUGUGCGUUUAUGCUUUAUCCGCCGUCCACAGGAAAUUCACUCAGAAUAUCCAAAAUUGCUUCAAUGGAAACGGCGAUCGCGGAUUAGAUUUCAUCAAUCCCAGUCAACAAUGUCUUAAUACGCAAGUGCAGAUCAAUGACGAUUUCUGUGGAAUGGACGUGAAUACCCCCUUAGGCGGAAGCAUGCCAAUGGAAGCAACACCUGUUCUCACCUAUCCCGGGGUCCUGCUGACAGCGGUGGCAGCUACUUCCACUCACGACUACACGGUGGCAUUUCUUGGCACUUCCAUUGGCCAUUUGAGAAAGGUGGUUGUUGAGUCCGUGACAAGUGCUUUUGAAUAUAGCGACAUUGUUAUUGAUGAUGGCCGAGUUGUCAACCAAGACAUGUUGUUCGAUAAAAGCAAGGAUUUUCUGUACGUUAUGACGGAUCGAAAGGUAACAAUGAUCAAAGUUCAAGAGUGCCAAGUUUACAAGAGUUGUGGAGAUUGCUUAGGUGCGCAAGAUCCAUAUUGUGGCUGGUGUUCUCUGGAAAAUAAAUGUAGUUUAAGAAGUGACUGUGCAGAAGCUGCUCAAGAUCCAUUAUAUUGGCUAUCAUAUAAAAGUGGAAAAUGUACAACUAUUACAAAUGUGCAUCCUGGUCAAAUUCAACGGACUACUGCAAGAAUUUUGAGUUUACUUAUUGGAAACUUGCCUGUUUUGGAAGGACACUUUUUCUGUGCUUUUACUGCUUUAGGAAAAACUCUUGUAACAAAUGCAACACGCUCAUCAAAUGGAGUGAAUUGUGCUACUCCUCACACUGAUUCUCUUCCUCCAAUAUCACAAUUUAAUUAUAAUUGA